CGCCGCCAUCUUGCGGGGCAGCUGGAAGGAGACGCGGCGGCCGCUGCUGAGGCAGCGAGAGACUGAGCGUGCCGGGCAGCACACACGCUCCGCCGCCAUGGUGCUCUUGGCAGCAGCCGUCUGCACAAAGGCAGGGAAGGCCAUAGUUUCUCGGCAGUUCGUGGAGAUGACUCGAACCCGCAUUGAGGGGCUGCUGGCAGCCUUCCCCAAACUUAUGAACACUGGGAAACAACACACGUUUGUGGAGACAGAGAGUGUGCGAUAUGUAUAUCAGCCAAUGGAGAAGCUGUAUAUGGUAUUGAUCACCACCAAAAACAGCAAUAUCCUGGAAGACCUAGAAACACUCAGGCUCUUCUCUAGAGUGAUUCCUGAAUAUUGCCGAGCUCUGGAGGAGAACGAGAUCUCUGAGCACUGCUUUGACCUGAUUUUUGCUUUUGAUGAAAUUGUUGCCCUGGGCUACCGUGAGAACGUAAACCUGGCACAAAUUCGGACCUUCACAGAGAUGGACUCACAUGAAGAGAAGGUGUUCCGAGCAGUCAGAGAGACUCAAGAGCGUGAAGCAAAGGCUGAAAUGCGCCGUAAAGCCAAGGAGUUGCAGCAGGCCCGAAGGGAUGCAGAGAGACAGGGCAAAAAAGCACCAGGCUUUGGUGGAUUUGGCAGCUCAGCUGUGUCUGGGGGUACAGCAGCGGCCAUGAUCACAGAGACCAUUAUUGAAACAGAGAAGCCCAAAGUGGCACCAGCACCAGCCAGACCAUCAGGUCCCAGUAAGGCUUUGAAGCUUGGAGCUAAAGGGAAGGAGGUAGACAACUUUGUGGACAAGCUGAAAUCAGAAGGAGAAAAUAUCAUGACCUCUUCUGUAGGCAAGCGCUCCUCAGAGGCAGCCAAGGUUCUCGCUCCACCUAUUAACAUGGAGAGUGUGCAUAUGAAAAUCGAGGAGAAGAUUUCCGUGACUUGUGGCCGUGAUGGUGGGUUACAGAACAUGGAGCUGCACGGCAUGAUCAUGCUGAGGAUUUUAGAUGAAAAGUUUGCCCGGAUUCGCCUCCAUGUAGAAAAUGAAGACAAGAAGGGGGUACAGCUACAGACUCACCCAAAUGUGGACAAGAAACUUUUUACUGCUGAAUCUCUGAUUGGCUUGAAGAAUCCAGAGAAAUCAUUCCCUAUUAACAGUGAUGUGGGGGUGCUGAAAUGGAGGUUGCAGACUACAGAAGAGUCUUUCAUUCCACUGACAAUUAACUGCUGGCCAUCGGAAAGUGGGAAUGGUUGUGACGUUAACAUUGAAUAUGAGCUGCAAGAGGAGGGCCUAGAACUGAAUGAUGUGGUCAUCACAAUCCCAUUGCCGUCCAGUGUUGGCGCCCCAGUGGUUGGAGAGAUUGAUGGGGAGUAUCGCCAUGACAGCCGGAGGAAUCUCCUUGAAUGGUGCCUGCCAGUGAUAGAUGCCAAAAACAAGAGUGGCAGCCUGGAGUUCAGCAUAGCCGGGCAGCCCAAUGACUUCUUCCCGGUGCAAGUCUCCUUCAUCUCCAGAAAGAAUUACUGCAACAUACAGGUUACCAAAGUGACCCAGGUAGAUGGGAACAGCCCUGUAAGGUUUUCUACUGAGACCAUCUUCUUGGUGGACAAAUACGAAAUCCUGUAACGCCAGAAGCAGAGAAUAACAACUGAAUUUUUUAAAUUAAAAGAAAAAAAGGCUGAAGUUUAUUCUGAAUGUCUGGAACGCCGCAGCCUUCUCUCUGCUAGGACACACGGUUCUGUCCGCCCAACUGCAGUGUUUCUGGGUCACAGGCAUUCUUUGGCAGAGAUUUGACAUGAUCAUAUGGGGGAAGGGCUGCUAAUUUCUUUGGCAGAUUUUACCGGCCAGCAGUAAAGCAGGAUCUCCUUUGAGAAACCCUGGCUUUGAUAACUCCCCUUCCUCUCUCCCACAAAGCUGGCUACUUAGCUCAGUCCCAGAAUGAAACUACACGUCAUUCUCUUCCUUUUUAGUAUAUCAGGAGUUCUGUUUCUUUUGUUAUGAUUGUUGCCAUUUUAACUUAUCCCCUGCCUCCAGCCCUUGUUUCCAUGGAUUCAAAUAUGCAUUAAAAGAUUCUAUACAUGGGCA